GCCUGAAAGGAUUAGGCUCUCGUGCGUGGAUCCGAUUAUGGAACGCGCGAGGGUUUUGCCGAAGGAGGGCGAAAAGAGCUUUUUUAUUGCGAUUUAGGGUAAGGGCUGAGAGGUAUGAAUUAUGUAUGACGGGCAAAAUAUGGGCAUAAGGAUAGCAUUUCUAGCUUAGAUUGGAAUUUACAGGUUCAAUACGGUAGCUCGGUAUCGUUCGCUUGAGUACAUCAUCAAAUAGCUAGUGCUCUCUUACGAUGUGUGUAUGCGUCUAGGAAGUCAAGAACGAGCGACAGCGAUCGAUUCAUGCGAGUAUAAAUGCAAGUAUAACAAAAUAUCGCAGUAUCCUUUUAAUAUGACCCACCCGGGUUAAUAUUCCCGAUCGAAUCGCCGCUUAUAAAUCCAGUUACAUAUCCGAGCUUCUAUGACGUUUCGGCAUCGUAACAUUCAUUACAUACUAGGUUUUCUAUAAGGCGAUAUUCUAAAUAGGAUAUCGAGAGAUCUACGAGAAGAUCUAAUUCAUAAUCAUCAGUAACGAUCCGAUCUAUUGCAGUCGACUAUAUGAGAUUGUAUACCGUCUGUAUCGUCAGUAUAAGUUGAUUAACAUUUCCGUAUCACGAAACCCAUUAUCGCCACUCAACUCACCACCAACGCUCGUACCCAUCCCAAGCUAACAACAAUAUAUACAUAACAACCACCAUGUCCACAAUAGCAAUAACCGGCGCCUCAGGCAAACUCGGCAAUGCCACACUCACCGCGCUGCUCGCGCACAACCUCGUCUCCGCAUCCUCCAUCGUAGCACUAACCUCCUCCUCCUCGCCAAGCUCAGCGACCUGGACCUCGCUCGCGGCGCAAAACCCCGCCCUGCAAAUCCGCCACGCCAGCUUCGACGACCAGGCCUCGUUUGAAAAGGCGCUAAGCGGCGUGGACAAGCUGUUCCUGGUAUCCACGCCGCACGUCGAGCUCGACUUCGAAGACGAGUCUGGUAGGGAGAAGCCCGAGGGCGAAGGGCGCGAGAAACAUCACCGCGUUGCGAUCGACGCCGCGGUUAAGGUUGGCGUGAGGCACGUGUAUUACUCCAGCCUGGCAUUUGGCUGGGACGCGCGCUCACAGGCUCCCGGGAGCCAGAGCAAGGCGGGCGUGAUGCGCGCGCACUUGCGCACCGAGGCGUACCUCGCUCGGCUUGCCGGAGAAGGAAAGGUGAAGGUCACGGUUAUACGCGAAGGGCUGUAUAACGAGUCCUGGCCUUUGUACCUAUUCGGGUACAAGGACGCGCACGCGGUCGACGACGAGGUCGCGGCGCCGGUCGCCGGCGACGGGAAGGUGUGCUGGACUGCGAUUAAGGAUUUGGGGAUUGCCAGCGCGUUAAUCAUCGCUGCGGAUAGCGGCGAGUAUGAUGGGAAGACUGUGUAUCUGUCGACGAGACCAGCCGGCGCGAAGAGUUUGGCUGAGGUCGCGGAGGCGGUGGGGAAGGCGAGGGGGGAGGAAGUUAAGCUGCGCGUUGUGGACGGGGAGGAGUAUGAGACGUAUCAUGUCGAGGGGCGGGGCGGGGAUAGGCGGAGCGUGAGGUGGUGGGCGGGUACGUAUGAGGCGAUCCAGGAUGGGGAGUGCGAGGUUGACGAUCCGACGCUGGAGGGGUUGUUGGCGAGUGUGGGGGUGAAGAGUACGGGGGUUGAGGAGUGUAUUCAGGAAAUGGUUACGAAAACAAGCAGCUAAAAGGGUAGGUGGAUUUUAGUUGGAAAAGGGGCGUCGAGGAGAUACUCGAAUUUCAAAUCGCAUUCACUCUAGGCGCUUUCCUGAUAACGUAACACAAGGCCAAAAAAAACGAGCCCCUUUUU